GCCCCUGCAGGUCUUCGGGUCCCAGAGUCGCGGCCGCGCGCUCCAGGCGAGAAUCGGGAGGAGGAGCCGCCUGCAGGGAUAGGCCCAGAAAAACAACCUGGAAAAAAAUCUCAUCAUGGCAGAUAUCCACCACGAAAACGAGGAAAUGGAGCAGCCCAUGCAGAAUGGAGAGGAAGACCGCCCUUUGGGAGGAGGUGAAGGCCACCAGCCAGCGGGAAAUAAUAGACGGGGACAGGCCCGCCGACUGGCCCCUAACUUCCGAUGGGCCAUACCCAAUAGGCAGGUCAAUGAUGGGAUGGGCGGAGAUGGAGAUGAUAUGGAAAUGUUCAUGGAGGAGAUGAGAGAAAUCAGGAGAAAACUUAGGGAGCUGCAAUUAAGGAAUUGCCUGCGUAUCCUUAUGGGGGAGCUCUCUAAUCACCAUGACCAUCAUGAUGAAUUUUGCCUUAUGCCUUGAUUCCUGCCAUUUUCUAUGAGAUUAAUACUGUGAUUCCCACUGUUGUUUUCUUUUUCCUUGCGUUUUCUGAUAGGCCUUUACUGAUCUGUUUGCUAUGAACCUCAUGUAAUUUCCAUGUGUCGAGUGGGUUCUGUGUUACCAGCUUCUAUUUGGAGAUUGCCUUGGCACACAGUCUUAAGUUUCUGCCAACAGUAGUUUCACCCAUUUGCAUGGAAAAAUGUAAAGUUAAUAAAGCAAAUAAAAAUCAACCUA